AUGAACUCAACUACAACUGAAUAUAAUGUGUUGACUCUUCCUAUAGACACCACGAAAAUCAUAGCUUUGGUGUUAACAUCAAUAAUCAGUAUAUUCUUUUUCACAAAUUAUUGGGGAAAGUAUAAUAAAUCAUACAACAAGAACUCGUUGAAGAACGAACCAAUUGAAAAGUCCAAAUCAGGAUUAUAUGGAAAUAUCCCUGAAAAACUUGAAUUAAUACCCCAAACAGAUUUCAAAUGGGAUCAAAUAGAUCCAUUAAAAUCAUAUCCUUUUAAAAAUGGAAUUUAUAAAUUAAAUAUGGGUAUAAAAAAUUUAAAUUAUCAAGAUUGGUUAUUAAUUGAACCAACUUAUUUAAAUAGAAUUGAAAAUAAAUUUAAAAUUAUAAAUAAUUGUCAUCCUGAUUAUCCUAUUGAUAAAGAUACAAGAAGUUCAACAUUAUUUAUAACUGAUGAAGCUUAUGAAGCAGUUAUUGAAUUUUAUAAUAUUGUUAUGAAUUAUAUGUUAGUCAAAUAUCCAACAUGUUUUAGUUCAAAUGAAACAGAGAUUACUAAUUUAAUUACUAAUGAAUCAUAUCCAAGAUUUGGAAAAGGUAUAAAUCCAUUAAAAUUACAAGAAUAUCUUGUUGAAAAUAUUGAAGAAGAUUUUAUAAUUUUAUUAAAAGAUCCAACCAAAAUUCAUGAAAAAAAUGGAGAAGAAUAUUUUUUUAAAGCAGGAGUAUUUGCAUUUGCUGCUGGGUUUGACCCUUUGGAAAGAUUUAAUAAACCAUUAACUUUUAUUCAUGAAAGAAUUCCUGGAUACGUUGAAAAAUUAAAAUUAUCAAUGAAUAAAUUUUUUAAUAGAAUUUCAUCAAAUCAAUUUGUAACAAGAUCAAAUUGGUCUAUACAAUCUCAUAAUAAAUUUUAUGUUGAUGAUAAUAAUAAAGGUCAUAAUUUACCUGAAGAUCAUAUACAAAAACCAAUACCUUACAAUGAAAUGAAAUUUAAUGAAUAUUAUUAUAGAUCUGAACGUCAAGUAUUAACUAAAUUACCUAAAACUGAAGCUAUUGUAUUUACUAUUAGAACUUAUUUAAUACCUUUAAGUGAAGUCAAAGCUGAAGGUAAAGAAGUGAGAGAAAGAUUAAUUGGUGGAAUAAAAGGAUUUCCAGAAGAUAUUGCUCGUUAUAAAAGAGCUAGUGAAUGGGGUCCUUCAAUUAUACAAUAUUUAGAAGAAGAUAAUUAA